GCAUUGAGCAACCAGAUCUCGUCGCCGUCGUUGCCUUUCCGGGCGGGGGAAAAGAGAGAGAAAUCUCGUCGCCGUCGCGGUGCGUGUGUGGCCGCGAUGGACCCGAGCCGCCCGCUGCUGGGGCGCGGCUCCUUCCUCUCCUCCUCCGUCCACGCCGCCACCGCGCUCCUUCUCCUGCUCGUCCUCCUCGCCACGCUCCUCCGCCUCCCCAUCUCCAUCUCCCCGCGCGCCGCCCCCGCCCUCACCGACCAGAGGCCCCAGGAGCAGGCCUGCAACCCUGCCUCCCCGCUCGACUGCGCCGACCCGCGCCUCUUCCACCUCAUGAUGCGCAGCGCCAUCGACGCCUUCCCGGCCGUCCACUUCGCCCGCUUCGGCCGCCCCGUCCCCGGCGACCCCCCGUCCGCCUCCUGCGACAUGGCCUGGCGCGCCCGCUCCGACUCCGACUCCCCCUCCAAGGCCACCACCAAGGACUAUCGCCGCUUCGCCAUCGCCCGGGAUCCCCACACGUGCGCCUACUCCGUCCUCUCCAUCGGCGAGUACCACUCCGGCCCCAACGCCCGCAAGCCUCGCCGCGCCGCCACCAACGCCACAAUCGCCCCUCCGCCCCCGCCCGCGCUCUCCCGCUCCCAGUUCGCCCAGGGCUCCUACCUCGCCUACCUCGGCGGCGGCGACCGCUGCAAGCCCAUGCCGCACUACCUGCGCAGCCUCCUUUGCGCCCUCGCUGAGGCCCGCUACCUCAAUCGCACCCUCGUCCUUGAUCUCACCCUCUGCCUCGCUGCCUCCUACGCCGCAGCGGGCACGGGAGGAAUGCCCGAGGAGGGCAAGCGCCUUGCCUUCUAUGUCGACGUCGACCACCUCCACUCCCAGGUCCCCAUCAUUGAGCAGAGCCAGUUCUGGGCGGACUGGGACAGGUGGGGAGUGCAGGGCCAGCUCCGGGCGCGCCUCGUUGAGGACACGAGGCUCGUACCUGUCAAGUUGUCCAAGGUUAGGGACACCCUCAUCAUCAGGAAAUUCGGGGACGUGGAGCCAGGGAACUACUGGUACAAUGUCUGCGACGGUGAGGCCAAGGGCGUGCUCCACCCAAUGCGGUGGGCGACACGCUGGGCACCGAGCUUGAUGCACAUUGUUGAUGAUAUUGUUUCAAGGAUGCAACCAGACUUUGAUUCAGUCCAUAUUGAUGCCAAUGGUGAGGACCUUAGACGGAGGGUUGAGGAAGGUCUUGAUGCGGGGCGGCAGGUGUAUGUCGCAGGGGAGGGGGUCACCAGUGUGCUGGUGGAGACGCUCAAGGCAAAGCACGCUGUGCAUCACCUGGAUGAGUUUGAGGACCUGUGGGGGACAGACAGCAAGUGGUUCUUGGAGAUGAGGAGGCUCAAUGGUGGGGUUCCUGUGGAGUUUGAUGGGUACAUGCGCGAGGUUGUUGAUAGGGAGGUCUUCCUCAGGGGGAAGAAGAAGGCGGAGGUGCUCCGGUGAUUUGUUUUUUUCUCCCUAAUAGAUAAGUUGUUGUUUGUUGAUACGUCCUAGAUAAGUUGUUGGAUAUCACAAGGCGUGCUUUUGUCAAGCAAGCCUUGUAAAUGUCAUUUUGUCUCAAUUUAGUACUCAGACUUGUCCGUAGAUGUUUGUAUUUAGCUAGCCAUUAUCACUUCCGUGGAAAUUUUGGCAACCAUCAAUGUAUAUAGUUUUGUACUUCCGGCAGCACUGGUUCCACCCAACUGAUCAGUUCCUUAACUAAAUUCUGUAACAAGGAUUUGUUAUACAUUAUUUUUUACUAUUUAGUUCAUUUCAUAACCUA